AUGCCUAAACAUGCCAAUUUCGACGAAUCUCGCCUGGCCGAGGCUUGCACAACCGCUCUAGCCCAAAAGAGACCGAAUAUCGCCAAUAUUGCGCGUGAAUUUGACGUGUCUCGCACUACCCUCUCCGACCGCGUCAAAAAGGCAAAAGCGCCCACUACACCUACCGAAUCAAUGAAAAACGCCCUUACAAGCUAUCAGGAGAGAGCCUUGGUUGCCUGGAUACAGCAGAUGUGCAAGGACAGACAGGUCGGCAAGAUGUGGGCGUAUCGCUUCAUGGCACGCAUCCCUGCACACCUAAAUCUAGCACCUGUGAAGCAGAAGACUAAGGAACUGAGGCGAAUUCAAGCUGAAGAUGCAGGGCUUCUUCAGCAUUAUGAUCAGAUCGUUGCGAAUCUGUCAAAUCAGAUAGAAAUCCCCGAGCUUCAGUCUGAUCUUCGGCCGUAUAGUUUCCAGACACUAUCACCACCACCAACCGCUCUCUCGUCGUCUAGUGUUGAAAUUACCCCACCAAAAUCAAUUGAAGCACUCCUAAAGAACCAAACAAAGAUAACCAAAUAUCUUGAUACGUUUUUACCAAAGAUGCAGCGAGAUAUCACCAAGAUCUUCGACCACCAGCGAGAGAAGCUUGAAGAGCUCCACAUGACCCAGGAUACAAUCCAGCGAAUCAGAGCCGCGCAAGAACCCCUACGUCGUCAAUACACUAAGCGACAGGUUAAGCCGCUUAGCCAGUCAGGUGUAUUAAAAGCCAGCGAUGCGAAUCGAUCAAUUCGGGCUAGGAAGGCGAAAGAUAUGGCUGCGGAGGAGAGGAAGCUAGCCAAGCAGUUCGAAAAGAUCUAUGGCUACAAGCCCACACAGAGGCCUGAGGAGGCUAUUCGUAAAGCAGCUGAGGCUAAGGAGGCUGCGACGCGACAGGGAGAGCUAUUUUUCUAUGAUAACUAG